AUGUCAAUACUAGAAUCAAUACCAAAAUUAAAUAUUUAUUUACAAAGAUUAAUAUUAACACAAUGUUGGAAUCAUAAAUUUAUAGAAAUUGAAAGAAAUAAUAAUGGAAGAUUGAUUAGUUGGAAGAUUGAUUUGUGCUUUGUUUCAAAAAGUUGGUUCAAUUUUAUCCAAAGUGUACUUUAUGAUUCAUAUAUUAUAAUAAAACCGUUUGAAAUGAUUUUAAACUUUAAAUCCAAAUUUUCAAUAUUUCAAACUCCACCUUCGAAAUUAGAAAUUUCUUCAAAUUCAUAUAUUCAAUUAUUAUCACAUUUAACAAAUGAAGAGUUAAGAUAUAAUUUCUUUUCAAAUUUAAAAAUUUUAAUUUUUUCAUAUAAUAGUGGUAAUGAUUUAAACUUGGAUUCAUUUAAAUAUUUAUUUUUUAAUAGUAAACAAUUUAAAUCAAUUAAAAUCAAUUUCCUUUUAUUUAAUGAAGUUAAUGUAAGUAGAAAAACAAAAACAGGUAUAUUGGAGGGUUUAUAUAAAUCAUUAAUUGAUUUAAAUGAUGGUGAUGGUAAUUGUUUAAUUGAAAAUUUGGAACUAAAUUCAUUUUGUUAUGAAAAUGAAUUUAAGAAUUAUUUUGAAAAUUUAUUAAAAAUUAUUGGAUCAAAUUUAAAGAGAUUAGUAAUAAACAAUUGCCCAACAAAAGAAAUGAUUGAAACUAUUGUUAAUGAAUGUAAUCAAUAUAAAUUGGAAGAGUUAAUAAUACCAUCGAUGUUUGAAUCAUUGGAUGAUACUGUUGGUACAAUAGAAUUAUUAAAACAAAGUGUACUUUCCAAAUCUUUAAAAUCUUUCUCAACUUCAAUGCUUUCACAAGAAGAACUUCAUCCAUACGAUUUCGAUCAUCAAGUUUAUCAAUUAUUUAAAGAAUUUUUAAUUUCGAUGUCUGGAAAUUUAAAACGUUUAUCAAUUGCAUUAUUAAAUGGACUUGAUAAAAAAGGUGGUGAUGGUGGUAGAUUUAAAGUUAAUAAUAAUACUAGUAAUAACAAUAAUAAUAAUAAUAAUAAUAAUAAUAAUAAUAAUAAUAAUAAUAAUAAUAAUAAUAAUAAUAAUAAUAAUAAUAAUGGUGGUAGUGGUGGUGAUAGUACUAAAUUAUUUGAAUUAAUAAAAUAUAUUUUACUUGAUAGUUCAAUAGAAUCAAUAGAAGGUGAUUUUAUUUUUUCAAAUUAUUUUUUACCUUUAAAAGAGAUAACAAUAAAAAAGGAUUUAAAAAUUUUAGGUGUCAAUAGUAAUGAUAAUAAUGAAGAAUUGAUUAAUCAGAUAUCAACAUCAGAAUUUAAUAAAAAUGAACCAGUUAAAAUUUAUAUUGGAUUUCCAUCAAUCUCAACAUUGUUUUUACAAUUUUUAAAAUGUGAAUCAAUUUUAAUCGAUAUUUUUCAACAUAACAAUUUAAAUAUUAAUCAAUUAAUUGACUCAAUUAAAAGGAAUUGUUAUUUUAAAUUUGUAGAGAUUAAUUUCGCUGUAUUUUCAAAUUUAAAGAAUCCAAUAUCACCAUUACUUUUAAAUCAGUCCAUUGAAAUCUUAGAUUCAAAGAGUAAUAAUAUCAAUCAUUUAAUAUUAUCAUUACAUUCAGUUAAAGAUGUUCAAUCAAUUUUAAAGAAAUUUAAUGAUUUAAAAUUACAAAAUAUUAAUUCCAUUUUAAUGUGGUGUGAAUCAACAUUUAUUAAAUAUGAAAAUAAGAAAUCUAUUAAUAGAGAUUUAAAAUUUUAUUUUGAAAAUAAAUUUAAAUUAAUAAAUAAUUAA